AUGUUCCUGAAGUAUUGCAUAGAAGUAAAAGAGCAAGACUUGAUGUAUCGAAUCAACUCCCAGCUUGAGCCGUUCGAACAUUUGAGUGAGGCUGCUCAUGUUGAGCUGAAGAUUGUGGAAAACGGAGCUCUGUGGAAGGAGAAACGAGCGAUCGAAACUAUCUUCGGUUUCCCACAUCGGAUGGACAAGCAGAAAAAGUGUCCGCUGAGCACGUUUGUCCCAUGGGAUAAUACAACGAGGAAGCCGUACUUUGAGUUUGACUUCAGCAGAUUGCAAGAUCUGAGUAAGAGAGCCAUCUUGGUAGUAGUGAAGAAACCCUGGGGAGGUGACGACGACGAUGAAUGA